CUUCAAUUCUUGGAGUGAAGAUCAGCACAACACAACCUCCGGUUUUAUAUCAGGCACAUAAAUUCGAAACUGGUUCGAACAAUCAGAAGUACUUUAUAGUACAUAUUACUAUGUCGUUAAUCAAACUUUUAAAUUGAAAUAAUAUUUGUGGGAAUAAUAAUUAGAUGGGACGAGGCAUCGGAAUAGCUGACGACUCAACAAGUCCUGCACUUUGGAUAGUGGCACAGCAAAAAAGGCGCACGACGCAAUACGUAACGUAACGAUGGAAUCCCACCCGCCAUCCAGCACGGCUCCACGGCCACAGUCAAAGCCACUAAGCUGUACCAACUGCCGUGCCCGGAAGUUGAAGUGUAGUCGAGAAAAUCCAUGCGGCCACUGCACGCGGUCCGGUGCCGAAUGCAUUUUCCCUACGCGCAAGCGGAUGCGGAAACCACGGAACAACAAGAGCUCGGAAUUGCUUCAGCGGCUAAGCCGACUAGAAUCGAUCGUCGGGAAGGUUAGCGCCGCCGGCUUAGAGGGACUCAAUUUAGCCGAGCUGCUUCAAGACUCUUCUGCCGGUCCGAGCACCGCUAAACUGAAUCCCGGAACCGCCGUGAACUCAACUGCCACCCCUAGCGGAGCUCGGGACGACUGGAAGAAGGCGCUACGGGAUAGCAAGGCCUCGCGCUAUCUGAGCGGGGACUUCUGGUCAAGUCUCUGUCUCGAGGUCGAGGGGUUGAGGCAGGUUCUGGAGUCGUCUACGGAGUCUGAUGAUGAUGAAGUCCCGCAGGGAGAUACUCCUGAAUCGGUACCAAACGACAACAGUAGCCCGAGCGUAUCUGCGCUAUCCCCGGGCAUGCUCCUUGGGAACUCCCCACAUAUAUCGUACGACGCCCUGGAGCAUCCAUCUCCGCAGCAUAUACUACUAUUUACCAACAUCUACUUCACAAAUGUCGACAUGAUCCUGAAAAUCCUCCACCGGCCUACGAUACGAGGUGACCUGUGCUCGCUUGCCCAUUCUCCCCAGACCGCGCGAGCACAGCUUACGCCAGAGAAGGAGGCCCUGUUCUUCUCCAUCUACCACGCCGCCGUAGCGAGUCUAUCGCCCUCGGACUGUCUCGCGCAGCUAGGCCGACGGCGCGAGGAAUUACUCCAGCUCUACGCGUCCGCGGUCGAGUACCUCCUGGUGCGAGCCGACUACCUCAACAGCACCAGCCUCGAAACCCUGCAGGCGCUGACGCUAUACGUAGCCUGCGCGCGCUGCACGCCCAAAGGCUCGCGCACGUCGUGGGCGCUCGUGGCCCUGCCCAUCCGCCUCGCGCAGGCGCUCGACCUGCACCACGAAAGCAGCAACGCGCACCUGUCCCCGUUCGAGACGGAGCUGCGGCGCCGCCUCUGGUGGCAGCUCAUCGUGCUCGACAUCCGGGCGUCCGAGGACCGCGGGACGAACACCAUCGUGGCGCGCGACAGCUACGACACGCGGCUGCCGCUGAGCGUCAACGACGAGGACUUCGGCCCGGGCAGCCCCGGCCCGCUGGUCGAGAGGCGGGGGCCGAGCGACAUGAAGUUCUACCUGUGCACGGCGCGCUGCUCGGGGCUCUUCCUGGCCGUCGAGCACGCGCAGGACGCGCCGGGCCUGGAAGACGGCGGUGGCCGCGGGGCGCCGUCCAGAGGCGUCGAGGAGACGCUGCAGUAUGCGCAAAGCCUCGAGGCGCAAUUCGUCGCGGGCGCGGACCCGAACCACGCGCCGUCGCACCUGGCGUCUAUCAUGGUGCGCCUCGUCAUCCUCAAGCUGUGGCUCAUUAUGCAAUACCCGCUGCACCCUCGGCGGCGGUCUCAGCCACAGCAGCAGCAGCAGCAACAACAACAACAACAACAGGCGUCUUCGGCGCCGUCAUUACGGCAUGGGGAGGUGGGGGCGGGACCAGGAUCGAGACCGGGAGCAGCUGGUAGCGUGUUCCCGCACGAGGCGACGCUCCGCACGGCCAUCUCCAUCGUCGAGCUCAACGAGCACCUGGCGACGGGGCCGUACGGCCGGCGCUUCAGCUGGUGGGCCGACACGUACGUGCAGUGGCACCCGCUGGCGGUCGCGCUCGCGGAGCUGUGCACGCAGACCCGCGGCGAGCUCGUCGAGCGCGCCUGGCGCACCAUCGAAGACGUGUUCCCCAAGUGGAGCGAGGUCAUCGCCGAUACCAAGAACGGGACCUUGUGGCGGCCCAUCCGCAAGCUUUACAAGAAAGCCAAGGCGGCGAGGUUAGCUGCUACUACCACAACAACAACCACAACCACGACCACGACUACGACUACGACUACGACUACUACGACCACUCCCGGCACCACGAACACGGGGACUACACCUGUGGCGUAUACUGUUGCGAGCAUGGCCGGCAUUGCAGCGCCUACGGAACACGUACCGGACAUAGAGAUCCACGACACGGUGUACAUGCAAACCAACAACACGGAAAACCACAUCCCGCCGACAGCAGGGGGUUAUGCUGCUGCUACGGCUGCUGCUACUACUGCUACAACUAUACAACCGGAAAGCAUAUCCGGGGCCGAAAUACAAAACGCAAGGGAGCCUAGCGUCGUCGCGGCGGAUCUGGACAAGCUCAGCUUGUCGCCGUACGCGUUGAACGAGAUGUGGGGAUGGAGGGAUUUCAAUUUCGAUAUACCCAUGCUGGACCUUGGUGGACCGAGCAACGUCAUGACAGAUUGGAGUACUUGGAACGAUUUCGUGACCGAAACACAGGCCGAACCAGAUAAACAGUCCGGGUCGGGAUCGAGCGAGGUUAGUUAGUUAGCAAUCGGGUAAAAGUUAUAAAAAAACAUAUUAUCCUUGUCACAUGGUAUGCAAAAGCUAGGAAAAGCAGCUUGUGUAUAACAUGUACAAACAUAAAAAAAAACAAGCACGUAACGCGACUUAUUUGCUCAUUUGGUCGUAUGCAUUUAGUGCCCUAUCUACCGAGCACACAUCAUGCUAAUGAAUAAGUAGUUUUCCGCAAUUCCGUAAUGAACACCGGCAAGCCCGAUUCCCUUAA